GGUGUCUACCUACUAUAAACUGAGAGAUCUCGUCGUCUUGGUCAUGUUCCUUCUUUUUCCGAGUGUUCAUACUUGUACCACUAUAGAGUCAUUAACUAGGUAUUGAUAACGUCUUGGCUACCUUUCUCACCUAAGUACUUUCAUAUUUUUAUCCUUUCCGAAAUAUGGCUAGACCAAAGUUUAUACUUAUGCUUUCAGGAUGGGGAAAGAGCCUUGGGAAGAGCCUUGGGAAUAGCUUAAAACGACGAGCUAGCUCAACAACUUGUCAGGGGGAUCUAGUUGCAACAACAACAGCAACAACAACAACAUCAUCAUCCAAGGAUGGGCCUAUCAAGUGUGAGAUCAAGCAUUUGAGACUGAAAGACGAUGGCGAGAAAAAGAUAUACUUUGACCAGAAUAAGGAAGAGGUGAAGAACCCCCGUAUGUUUGCAUUCUGCCUGGUCAAGCCUCGCUACGACAAGAACGACGACACCGAUUCCGAUUCCGAUACUGAUGGCGGCGACGACGACGUUGACAUGACGGUCUUGCAUGUCAACCACCAACCACUACGACAGUUGCUCAACGACGUUAUGGGAGACUGCCCUAUAGAUUCUAUACAUGCCAACGACGUUAGGAUCAAAUACCCAUACUGUUCGCUAUUCUACUUUAGAAAAGAACUAGAGUCAGAAGGUCACGAUCGCUUUGAGAAUGAUGAGGACUCCAAGGCUCAAUUAAAACUACUUAUGACCUGGAUCAAGACUCGUUUCGACCUCGACAUCGCUGCUUAUGAUAAUUGCACAUCCAGCAACCUCAAGGCUAUCUCCUAUGACACACUGUGGACUCUUUUCCGACCACGCACAAUCAUAUACAGCAAACACUGGGAUCAGCACCGAGCUUACCGGGUCGAUAGUUGCGAUUAUGGUACCAACGCCCUCUAUGUGAAUGCUGACUAUGUUUCCUUCGACGGCCAGAAAUUCGGUACUGUGACAGUGAAACACACUAUCCCGAAGUACGAUGGGUUGCGGAAAGUGAAAGAUCUUGAAACCAUGCCGUUCGACUUGUUGGAAGAUGCGGGUAAGAUACGCGCGGAGCUAGUUGAACGAGGCAGGAAAUUCGAGAGCUACGUCGGCCAACAUGUUAGGCAAUACGACGGACUUGCCCUGACAACAGGUUCGCAGGGCAGUUUAAGACCAACGAAUGUUAAGGAGCGCAUCAUGAUCGACUUCGAGACCUGCGACCGGUUCGGUCCGUUUUCUAAGCUUGAAGUCACCGAGCUCGAGAAUAUCGCUAAUUCCAACGAGGCAUACCAUAGGGUGUCGUGCAACGAUAAUUUAGCUUCCGCGCCGCAAAAAUUCGCCAAGUUAUCCGACGAGAACGCUUUGAUCAAUCACGGCGUGCUCAGGGGAUACGCAUUGGAGACGAAUCAGUUCAUGUUGUUUUCUAUCAGUAAUGUGUCCCCCGUGGAGUGGAACACUCGCUGUUUCGAAGAUCUCGUGCUCGACCAAGAGACGAAAAAGACUAUUCAGUCCCUCGUCUCUACGCAUUUGAGUAACCGCGAUAGCUUCAACGAUAUUGGCAUACGCAAGAGCCAAGGGCUUGUAGCCCUCUUACAUGGCCCACCUGGUGUAGGCAAGACACUUACAGUGGAGUGCGUGGCCGAACACUUCAAGCGGCCUCUCUGCACGGUGUCGUACAGAGACAGCUUCCCAAUGGAACGCCUAGAAGCAGAAAUGGAAAUAACGAUGAAGCUGGCGUUAAUCUGGAACGCUGUGCUUCUCAUCGAUGACCCCGAAGCGUACCUUCAGAGAUCACGCGGCAAGGGCCACUGCCAGACCUACAUGGUUGGCGCCCUCCAUAACUACAGCGGCAUUGUCUUUCUCACGAUGAACCGCUUCAGCCACCUCGACGACCUCUUCGCGUCCAGGAUCCACCUCCCCAUCCGCUACACGCAGCUGGCCUUCGCGUCCCGCCUGAAGAUCUGGCGCACCCUUUGCACUCGCGUCUCCUGCCCCUCGUGCUCCUCAUCCUCACAUUCGUCCUCAUCCUCGUCCCGGUCUUCCUCCUCCUGCAGUGGCGCCAUCAACAUCAACAUAAACGAUGUCCAAUUCGACUCCCUGGCCAAGGACUACGAGCUCAACGGGCGACAGAUCCGAAACGUGAUCCGCGUGGCCUCAGGGCUCGCGGAAUCCGACGGCGUGCCGCUCGACUUCGCGCGUCUAAAGUCCGCGGCGCGCAUGCUGGAGACGUUUCUGAAGGACGUCGCGAGCGGGGACCACAUCGAUUAUAUGGCGUCGGAUAUGUCGAGAAUGGGAGGCCGGACUUUGGGUAUGUAUUUUUGAGGGGUUUGGGGGGUUUUGUGGGCGUGGGUAUUGGUAUGGGUGUUGGUGAGAGGGUAGGUCGGUAGGUAGGUAUACUGUAAGUAUAGCGUGGCGUGGGUUGGUAGUUGGGUAGGUGCUUGUAUAGGUCAGGCGGGUAAGGGGAUAUAUACCUACCUAGGUACCUAGGGUAUAUAGGCGGUAGGUAGCAAGGGGAA